AUGCAAGAACACAACCAGCGGGAAGCGAACGAUUGGCAACAACAGUCAUUCAUGGAGCGCACCCAACAUCUAACCCUCAACGCUCCAACAUUUUUUCCCACAGAACGGCUGGGGUCCUCAAAUCAAGAGAGCUCUAAAGGAUCGCGGUCUGUUAGCGAUUAUUUUGAGGAACUGCCAAUACGAAGAGACAUUCACCUUUGUCUUCCGCUACCGCUGCAAGUCGAUCUAAGCGACGCAACUGCGCUACCUACAACUGAAGAUGUCGAAAUGCUUGUUACAAUGCGAAACGUGAUUGCGUUUCUCGCAGGUCAGCCUUUGGUGGCCACGCCUAAACAGGCAUCGGUGUUCAUUCUUUUUCUGAAGAUUGCUGAUGUACUGCAGCGUUACGACUUUACGAAUCUUGAUGGCUCUACACUUGGAGAAGAAGCGGCAGGGAACUUCGCAAGCUUCAUUCGGGAAUUCGGACUAGCAGACGUGAGAUCAAGUCGUGAGAAGACAAUCGAAGCUCUGAUCCUCGGAGAACGCAUGAAAUCUUGGGAUCUAUACAACGAAGGAUUUGUGCAUGCUGUUGGAAAAUACGACGACAUCAAUGGACUUAAAAGCCCCAAGCUCCACUUAAUCACUGACCUUACUCGAAAAAGGCUAGAGAGAGCAAACCUGGAUCUCUAUACUCGCGUUCGAAAUAUAGAGACGAGGUUGGAGGAUUUUGACUUUCCUUCUCUUUUCGCCGGAAUUGCAAAUUCCAGUACCAGCAGCGAAAGCAAAAUUGUUCGCUUCAAAGAUUGGAAGAGCGCAUACAUGUCAAUGCGAAGACACAUCAUGAGUCUCUACAAGCAUCAAUACGGAGCCUGGCCGCCAAAAGCUCAGUCAAAGAAGAACGAUUUUGAGGAAAGCGGACUGAAUCGUCUUUUACUGAGGGAGCUGUAUAAAGAUUUCUCAGAUCUCUACGACAUUCUUGUGGACCGCACUUCCCUGACUACUCGCACAGCGGACAUUCCAUCCCAUGAUCCGGACGAUCCGCAAGAGCCAGCACCACGCGCUUUGCGAAGAAUCUUGGAUGAAUAUGAUCGCAGUACUCCUCCAGUUCAGCCGCCAGUGCCAUUCGACACCCCUCGAGUGCCAUCAUUGUUCGAUACAAGGCGAGGGUUCGACACACUUGACCUAAAGAAGCAGAAGAAAGAGUGUGUGAAGAGACUCCGGGACGAUGAGAUUAACAAAGCACUCAUGCAGUCCUAUAAUCGAGAGUCGAUGAAGGCAACACCGUUCCUCGAAGCUUUCAUGGCCUACGAGCGAAGGACUGCGCACGGAAAAUCUAUCGAAGAGAUAGCUGACCUACGCUAUGGACAGUGGAUCUUCAUGUAUGCAGUGAUCCAAGCGUUGCCCCUUGUAAUCGUUGACGCUCCUGGUGCGAGAUGGACGAAGGGAGUGGAGUACUUCCUUUGUGAGGUGCCCAAAGGAUCCCCACCAUGGGUUCAAGAGAGCGCGAGCCAAAAGCAGAGCGUUUACCGCAUCGCUGGCGGAUCAGCCUUGGUGACCUUGCCAGCUGAUGUUGUUGAACACAGCGUCGAUGGUAUCUACCGCCGAAGUCACUGCUGGCAGGUGGCGGAUAAGUGGGCAGGGUUCAGUGAGGUGCCAGAUGUCCAGUCGCAGAACGAGCCGGAUCUUGAUGAUCUAUUACCGCCUGUGAUGCCAUCAGCGCCGGGAUCGAGAACAGCCUCACAGUCACCUGAUCGACGGCGGGCCCCUAUGGCUCUUGGACUAGAGCAAAUGCCGUUGCCUCCAGGAGUGGCACCAAGCGGAGCUAGGCCGAUGUCGGUGCAUGACCCGUCGAAGAGCUUCGCUGCUAUUCUUGGCGAAAUGGAUGGGGUGGGAAAGAAAAAGAAGUAA